AUGAAUAAUCAAAAUCUUUGCAACGAACCCACUCGUCAUCAUCAUAAGAUCGCUGUUACUGCAACCGAUCGUUGGUUCGGAAAUGUUAUAGCCAGAUGUCUCAUUAUGGAUAGCAAACAUAGCGUCGUCACGGUCCGUUGUUUGGCUAAAGAAACCAAUAAACAUGUCAAGAAACUUGAGCGUCUAGGUGGUGAAAUUCAUAAGAUUGAUUAUGAUCAACCCGAAUCAAUUAAAGACGCUUUACACGGUGUUGAAUUCUUGAUUUUCGUUUGUGAAGCUGAUAAAAAUCGUGUUAAAGAAGCUAGAAUCUUGGCUGACGCUGCUGCUGAUAAGAACGUUAAUAACGCGAUUGUUCUAUCGUUAAAAGGUGUCGAAGAUGGUGAUGGCAAGGUUAUGAACGAUUUAAGGGAUAUAGAAAAGGAAGUGUGCCAAAGGAUUAGGAAUGCUUGUGUGCUCAGAAAUGCUUUCAUUCAACAAGGUUUCUUCCUUUGGUCUCCAAAUAUUGAAAACAGAGGGGAAAUUAAUAUGACUCCUCGUGAAAGUAACGAAUGGGCUCCUGUUAAUCUCGAUGAUAUUAUUUAUUCGCUCGAAUGUUUAAUGUUACAAGAGGGCAAAGUAGUAACUGAACUCAACAAAAAACAUCGAGGCAAGGUCUAUUGUUUAACCGGUCCUGAACUUGUAAGUGGCCGUAAAAUUGCUGAUACUAUCAAUCGAGUCAUUGAAGACAGAGGUGAUGUUGAAUACCGUUCCUCUCUUGCUGACUUCUUUAGAAAUACUCAACAAUCUUUGGAAUGUGGAAAAUCUAACUUUAUUGAAGGUGUCCAUCGACUUGUUUCGGCAACCGCUUUGUUCGAAGAAGUUAACCGUCAACCUUCCGCCAGAAAUAGUGGUACUAAUCGAAACGCUCUUGGCUUGCAAGACAGAAUUACUGGACCAAAUCGAUACAGAGAUGUUCAAGAAGAAAGAUUCAAUAGGAACGUUGCUGCCUUUGUUGAUACAAUGAGAGAUAUAAUUGCGAGAUUGAAAAGCAUUGAUAUAGAAAGAUUUGAAUUAGAUACUCAAGAUCGAUUAAUCAUUUUAUCCAACAUUAAAGAUGCCGUUGAAGUUAUCGAAAAUAUCCAAAAGAGCCUUGAUGUCAUUCCAUUCUUACUUGAUGAACGUCGUCGUCGUGAUCGUCAUCCUAGGCCUUUCUUACCUUUAUCCAA